AUGAAGAAUGAUGGUCAAUGUUUGAUCCCCUCAUUUCCUAAAAGUACAUACGGACAUUCAACCAAUGCCUUCGGAGGAUUGCUGAAGCCGGCCGGGUCCCAACAAAGUG